UUUCCACUUCACAACUGUAAGAUUUAAAUUUGCACUCGCGACAAGAAAGGUAUCCACGAUGGUUCACGCAAAACUGGCAAAGUCAUUGGUGAUGUUUUUAUGUGUUAAUCUUGCGAUCAAUUUUGACUUGGCAAGAAGCGAGCAGUCUGAAGACUCUUGGAUACCCAACUGGAUACCGGUAAAAAAACUGGUGUGUGUUUCGGCAGUUGCAGGUGUCAUUGUCACAUCACCAGUUCUUAUUUCGGCUCUUGGUAUCACUACGACAGGAAUAACAGCUGGAUCACUGGCAGCGAAGUUAAUGUCACUGGGAUUGUUCACCAAAGGUGGAUUUCUGGCAUGGGUGCAGAGCAUGGUCAUGCGAGGGAAGAUCACAAGUGAUACAGCGGCGUACCUUAUCCACAUAAUCAAAGACGCAUGCUUGGACUAACAUUUUCGUCAUUCAUCAUAAAGAAAUCAGUUUAUCACAUUCUUCUGAUAGAUAUACUUUUCUUAGUUUGAUAGUUUGAUAGUUUAUUUUCAAUAUUCCAUUAGGCCAAAUGGCCCUUGAGGACAUACAAUAAGAUAUAUGGCAAGAUAGUGUAGAUCUACAUGCAAUUGAAGUUGAUGUGCGGAGAAGGUUUACAGGCUCAAUCAAACCGAGCCUGCAACAUUUUCGUUUUUGUUGUGUUGAGCGGCCUGUGGAGUUUCCACUUUUUCUAUUUUACAAUAUAUUGCUUAAUAAUAUCCUUAAUGCGUGAUAAUAUCAAUGACUAAUAAAAAUAAAUAUUAUUGAAAAUUACAAAACCAUGCAUUUUACAAACCACACAAUGUUAUGAUAAAGUUUCAGACGAGUUUUGUAUGAAGUCUAUUUUUGUAAAUUCUUUGUUUCAUAAACAUAUAUGACAAAAUAUAACAUGGUGAUGUGUGUAAUAAAAUGAUUUUAUUAUUUAUUAUCAACAUAAUGAUACAUUGUAAUCAUACAUUGAUCUUGUCGAAACGAAACACAAGAUCAACUUAUUACUCAAAACUAAUGAGCUUGUGAUUUAUAAAACACAUUUUACUCUACACUUGUUUUAGUGUAACGUAUACAUCACAUACUAGGAGAUCAACAUUAUUAUGGCAAAACAAUCUGAAUGCCACAUAACUGCAAUAGAGUUAGUAUAUAGGAUCAAAUUAUUAUAGCACAGGUCAAAAACAUAAAUAAUAACUGAUACACACAAGUAUAAUGAGCACAAUAUACAGUCAGCAUUAUAAAUAAGUCCGAACUUAUAUGUAUUUUCUCAUUAAAAUAAAGUCACGACUUACUAUACAUAUUCAAAAUGAUAAAAUGUAC